UCUCAUUGCUGCAGAAAUUCUUCACGACGUUUUGCGACAGUGCCGUGUGCGAAUACGCCGUCGUUACCGAGUGAAGUACGUCUCUUUGGAGCAGAUACCGGCUGGGAGAAACGCAGCAAGAAGAGCAAGUAAUAGAUUUCAGGCUCGUUUUUCAACUGGAAUACCCCUGAGCACCACACAUCACCUCCGGUGCAUAAAAUUUAACCCGAAAACUCGAUGUGGAAGCUGGGCUGAAGGAAGAAAGGGCCACGCUGGGGAAGGCAACUAGCUGAAUUACCAAACCGAGCUCGUUUGAGUAGCCUAGUUGCCUCCCAAGCGACGCUUUAAAAAAGGAAGGAGCGGAUACAUUUAGCCUAAACAGAGGUGAAAAUGGACUAUGACUUUAAAGUGAAGCUGACCGGCGAAAGAGAACGAGUCGAGGAUCUGUUUGAGUACGAAGGAUGCAAAGUGGGAAGAGGCACCUACGGUCAUGUAUACAAGGCGAAGAGAAAAGAUGGGAAGGAUGAUAAGGACUACGCCCUUAAGCAGAUUGAAGGCACUGGCAUCUCCAUGUCAGCCUGCAGAGAGAUUGCACUGCUGCGGGAGCUGAAGCACCCCAAUGUCAUCUCACUGCAGAAGGUUUUCUUGUCACAUGCAGACCGUAAAGUAUGGCUGCUCUUUGACUACGCCGAGCAUGAUCUCUGGCACAUUAUUAAGUUCCACAGAGCAUCCAAGGCCAACAAGAAGCCACUUCAGCUGCCUAGAGGAAUGGUCAAGUCUUUGCUCUACCAAAUCCUGGAUGGCAUCCAUUACCUCCACACCAACUGGGUCCUCCAUAGAGACCUUAAACCAGCUAAUAUUUUAGUGAUGGGAGAAGGGCCGGAGAGGGGUAGAGUAAAGAUUGCGGACAUGGGGUUUGCCCGUCUGUUCAAUUCACCGCUGAAGCCUUUAGCUGAUCUCGACCCAGUGGUGGUCACCUUCUGGUACAGAGCUCCUGAAUUGCUGCUGGGGGCGCGGCACUACACCAAAGCCAUCGACAUUUGGGCGAUUGGCUGCAUCUUUGCAGAGCUGCUGACGUCUGAGCCCAUAUUUCACUGUCGCCAGGAGGACAUUAAGACCAGUAAUCCUUACCACCAUGAUCAACUUGACCGCAUCUUUAACGUUAUGGGUUUUCCUGCUGAUAAAGACUGGGAAGACAUCAAAAAGAUGCCAGAACACUCCACACUGAUGAAAGACUUCAGGAGAAACACAUACACAAACUGCAGCCUUAUUAAAUACAUGGAAAAACAUAAAGUCAAACCAGACAGCAAAGCAUUCCACUUGCUGCAGAAGUUGUUGACCAUGGACCCCAUCCGUAGAAUCACAUCUGAGCAGGCCAUGCAGGAUCCUUACUUUUUGGAGGAACCCUUGCCCACUUCUGAUGUGUUUGCAGGCUGCCAGAUUCCCUACCCCAAGAGAGAGUUCCUUACAGAGGAGGAGCCAGAGGACAAGGCAGACAAAAAGAACCAGCAGCAGCAACAGGGAAACAACCACACAAAUGGGGCAGGGCACACUGGCAAACCUGACAACUGUCACCUCAAAAAGAUGCCAUUAAUAUAAAUAGUGUGGUAAAAAUUUGAAGCAAAAGCAAAGACAUAGGGUUUAAUGAAUAUUUUUCUUCUUUGCCCCCUGCAGCGCUCUAAUCCACAUGCUGCCUACCAGAACCCUGGACCAAGCACAUCAUUGCCCCAGAGCAGCAUGGGAUACUCCUCUACCUCCCAACAGCCACCCCAGUACUCCCACCAGAGCCACCGCUACUGAAACUCCUCUCCCACACAUACAUACACACAUUUAUACAAACACAUAUUCAGGCAUAUAGAGCCCUCACCACGCCCACCUGAACGAAUGUAUGUGGAGAUGGCAUGGGGGGGAUCUCACCCCCAGGAAAGCCCACCUCACAGAGGGCGCCUUCUCUGCAGCAGUCUGUUAGGUCAGAAUGACAACAAUCUUUACUUCCUCAAGAUAACCCAGUAUUAGACACAAAGACAUAGAGCAGACGUUGUCGGGUGAAACACAAGGAAGGAGGAUGAUAAGAAUGGAUGCUCUGUUCAAAUCCAACCUGUUUCUGUUACUCAGAUGUCAUUAAA